CUCCCCACGCCUCGCGCCAGGCCCUUCCUUUCUCAGCCGACAUCUUGCGGGAGCAGCUGCCGCUGCAGUAUGCCGCCCAAAGACGACAAGAAAAAGAAGGAUGCGGGCAAGUCCGCCAAAAAGGACAAGGACCCGGUGAACAAAUCCGGUGGUAAGGCCAAGAAGAAGAAGUGGUCCAAAGGAAAAGUGAGAGACAAGUUGAACAAUCUUGUCCUGUUUGACAAGGCUACCUAUGACAAACUGUGCAAAGAAGUGCCCAACUAUAAGCUCAUCACACCUGCAGUUGUCUCAGAGAGACUGAAGAUUCGGGGUUCCCUGGCUAGAGCGGCCCUCCAGGAGCUGCUCAGCAAAGGGUUGAUCAAGCUGGUGUCCAAGCACCGAGCCCAGGUGAUCUACACCAGGAACACGAAAGGUGGUGACGCGCCCGUGGCAGGGGAGGACGCUUAGGGAGGUUCUCCAGCGACCUCAUCAAAAAUGCAUCAUAUGUAGGUGCACACAAUAAAACUAU